AUGGGAAAGCAAUCGUUUGUGUACGUCAGGUCCAAGGAGUAUGCUUGGGUGCCGGCUAUCCAGACCGACACGGACGGCAAAAAGGCGACGGUCCAGAUUCCGGCAUUCAAGGACGAGCAAUCCAUCGAUAGUGACGGUUGCCGUGGGAAAAAGACGGAAGAAAAGGUUGACCUGAAGGGAUACGUUGGAAAUGUGUUGCCCCUUCAGAAUGUUGACGGACAGGGUAUGCUUAUCGAAAUCCCGGAUAUGGUGGAACUUCCCUACUUGCAUGAGGCCGGUAUUCUUUACAAUUUGAAGCGCCGUCACAGGGAUGGAAAGCCAUACACACGAACUGGAGAUAUUGUCAUCGCCAUUAACCCCUUCCAGUGGUUCACUGAGAUCUACACUGAUGCUGUCAGGACCAGGUACUCCAACAAACUGGUCUGGACUGACUCUGGAGAAACUGAUCCUCGAACAUUUGUUGACCCACAUGUGUACGAGACCUCUUCUCUCUGUUACAAGGGCUUGGCUUUCUACCAAACGGAUCAGUCCAUUCUUGUGUCCGGAGAAUCAGGAGCUGGAAAAACAGAGACAGUCAAGAUUGCCAUGAAUCACAUGGCCUCUGUCCAACGUGGACCCGUGGAAGCCAGCAGCAAUCCCGAAGAGAAGUUUGAGGAUCCAGUCGUGAACCGUGUCCUUCAAUCCAACCCUCUUUUGGAGACUUUUGGUAAUGCCAAGACUACCCGUAAUGACAACUCUUCUCGAUUCGGAAAAUACACCCAGCUGCAAUUCGAUUGCCUUGAGAUUGUACCUGGCAAUAUUGAUCGUACCAAGUCAAGAUGCCACUUGGGUGGGUCGAAGUGUGAAGCCUACCUUUUGGAGAAGAAUCGUGUCACUGGUCACACCGAGCCGGAGCGUACCUACCACGUCUUCUACCAGAUCCUGGCUGCCCCAGAUGACCAAAAGGCUAGCUUCUGGUCUGGCCUGAAGGGAUCCACCUUUGAUUCAUUCAAGUAUGUUGGAGCCACAUCAACAACCAAGAUUGAGAAGAGAACGGAUGCCGAGUGGUUUGAAGGAACCUGUGAGACUUUGAGCCUCAUCAACCUUGGUGGUGAUAAGCUCAUAGCUCUGAUGCGGGCCAUCACAGCUGUCUUGCAAUGUGGUAACUUGGCGUUUGGAGCACUUGGUGGUGAUGCUGAUAAAUCCGAGUGUACUUCGAAGGAUGUUUUGGCGGGACUUUCUGAUAUUCUUGGUGUCGCGGAGCCUGAGUUGAACUUGGCUUUCACGGAACGUACGAUGAAGACAAGAAAUGAGACCUACAAGGUCCCACUGAAUGCUGAGACUGCCAAGAAUUCCUGCGAUGCGUUUGCCAAGGAGGUCUAUGGAAAACUGUUCCUUUGGCUUGUUGAAGGUAUCAAUGAGGCCACCAAGGCGGAGAACAACUACAGCCGUGCUGAUGGCCAGGAUCCUGGUGAAUUCGGUAUCAUUGGUUUGUUGGAUAUCUUUGGCUUUGAGUCCUUUGUCAUCAAUCGUUUUGAGCAGCUGUGUAUCAACUACGCUAAUGAGAAGCUUCAGCAGAAGUUCACUGAAGAUAUCUUCCGCUCUGUCCAGCUUGAGUAUGAGGCCGAGGGAAUUGAGCUUGCUGAGAUCACCUUUGAUGAUAACACAGAUGUGUUGGAUCUGAUUGAGGGCCGUACUGGUCUGUGUGCCAUGUUGAAUGAGGAGUGUGUCCGUCCCAAGGGUAGUGAUGAAGCCUUUGUCCAGAAGGCUCUUGGUGCCAACAAAAAGUCUCCUUGUUUGCUGGUGAACAACAUGGAUCGUAUGGGAUUUGGUAUCCAUCACUAUGCAGGAAAGGUCAUGUACAGCGCCCAAUUCUUUGUUGAGAGAAACCAAGAUACUCUACCCACGGAUUUGGAAGAUGCCAUGAUGAAGUCCAGCAACUUUAUUGUUGCCCACAAGCCUGCCCCUGCUGCUGAUGCUGGCAAGGCCCCAAAGCGCCAGAAGAGUAACAUUGUGGGUUCCACCAUCUGGGCCAAGUACAAGACACAAUUGGCCUCAUUGAUGGGCAGUCUUCGCAAGACCCAAUCCCGUUACAUCCGUUGUCUCAAGCCCAACAAAGCGAAGGUGCCGGUCAAGAUGGAACACAUUGGAACUGUGGAACAACUCCGUUGUGCUGGUGUUGUCGCUGCUGUGACCAUCUCUCGUUCUGCUUUCCCCAAUAAGCUGCCAAAUGAUACUGUCCGCCUUCGGUUCUCUGGUUUCUGGGACAAGGCCGCAUAUCCAGCGGCAUCCAGUGAUCUCAAGGAUGAGUGUUUUGCAAUGAUGACCUGUGCGCUCAAAGAGAAGGCAGAGGGUGACAAGGUUGCUUUUGCCGUUGGAAAGACCAAAACCUACUUCCGUUCUGGUGCUCUUGAGUAUUUGGAGGCGAAUCGCGCUGCUGGUUUGGAGGUGCAUUGCAUCCCUAUUCAGAAGAUUACUCGUGGUUACGUUGUUCGCAAGAAGUUCGCGAAGAUGUUGAAUUCUGCAAAGGAGGCAGAGCGUCUUGCAAAGGAGAAGGCAGAAGCGGAGGCCAGGGCACUAGCUGACAAGGCGGCAGCCGAGAAGGCAGCGCGUGAUGCUGAAUUCCAGAAGGAGAUCGACAAGGUUGCUAGUGCCGGUAGCGAGUACACGGACAAGGGAAAGAAAUCCGACGAGGAUACCGAAGCGAAGAUCAAGGAGUGCGAGGAACGUGUGGUCGCCGCUGAGAAGGAAAGUGCAGUACUCAAGGAGAAAACGGGCGAGGAUGCGAAAGCUCUCAUCAUGGAGCCGAAGAAGCAGAAGGCCGCUGCCGAGACGAAGUUGGCCGCGAACCUGAAGCAAGUAGAAGUGCUUCGCAAGGAGAACAAGAAAAUCAAGAAAGAACACGACAAAAUCAAGAAGAAGUACGACGAGAUCAAGAAGAACAACAAGAAGUUGUUGAAGGCGAACGAAGCUUCCGGUGGAAGUUUCGAGGGCGAGAACGACGACAUGAUGAAAGUUCACGAGAAGAACGAGAAGCUGCUGGACGAUUUGGAAGGUGCGAAGGACAAGAAUCGCGACAUGAAGGAGGCAUGCCAAGACAAGCAAGCAGAGUACAUGAACACUGCUGAAUCUCGUCUCGAAUUCCAAAAGACAAUGGCGCGAAUCUUGAACCUGAUCCAAGACAACUGCAAGGACAGGCAGCUGAUUGAGGACACUUCUGCUGUUGCUCAUGGCUGCGAAUCGGAAUCAAAAGCUAUCAUGGCAGCGUUGGAAGCAGAAUAUGGCGAUUAG